AUGUUCACGUCAACCCGUGUAUGGCUAGCCAAAGCGAAGAAGAAAGUUCAACAGAAUAAAUCCAAGCCAAAAGAGUUAAUUGAAGAGUCACUAGACCCGCAUUUGGCACCGCCAAAAGAUCUUAGGGCACCUCUUCCGAUCCCCAAACCCAGGAAGGUUAUAGGUUUCCGUGGAAAUCACAACCACGGUAGGACAUUAUAUGAUCCUGUAUACAAAACAAACAAGACGCCCGCUAGAUUAAUACCUAAAUACCCGAACGACUGGAGGAAUGGAGGGAGAUUUUUACUAACAGCAGCACUGGCUAGAUUGGAAGGACAAAGGGUGUUAAAACAUCAGGAAGCAAUCAGAUCUCAAAGUACUGGAUUUUGUGGAGAAAGAUGUGCAGCAAUUUGUAGACAUUCUCCCUAUCGCUGUUUAUGUUUCUGGCGCCAAAACCAAGCGUUUACACAUGCUAACAAUUUGGACAACUUGUUGAUAUCAUACAAAGGGUUAAUUGACACCAACAAGCCCUUAUUCACUAUUUUAAAACCUGUAUCCAUGCGUAAUAUCGAUUGUGGAGUUACUAGCGACAGACCUAUAUAUACUAGACUGAAAUACCCAAGUGUUGAAAAGCCGGCGUUGCAGCAGCAUAAAUACAUAUUGCCUUAUAGCUGCACUAGCGAGUACUACGAUGAUUCAGACUCGGACGUUGAGUUUACAGCAGAUAGUACAUCGUGUUUGUAA